CUUGUCAACAAUUGGACACUUGCUGCGAGGGCCGAUUUAUCACCGGUGAAACCGGAUUGUCAGCAUUAGUCGGCAAAUCGACCAGGACAAAGCAGUCACGCUGUAAGCCAAAUCGAAACAUGGCGAAGGGAAUGUUGGCAUUCCUCUUCGUCACUCUGCUUGCUUGUGUGUCGCUGUCGGAUUCUCUUUGACGGUGACGAUGACAGCGGCCAUCCAUGGGUCCAGUGCUCGACGCUCGGGCACAGGGAUCCGUGGUGGUCCUAGGGGUGAUAAACUCCGCUUGACGGCAGAGAGUCUGAUGACAGGCUGACUGUCGCGUCAAGGCCAUUGCGAAAAUGGACGAGAUGCGUGAGGUCGCUAAGGGGAGCGAGAUGGGUGACAUUGUUUUCAUGACAGUGGUUGGCCAGAAUGUUUUCUCUCAGUCUUGGAAUCAAACUGAUGACAUGUUCGAGGAGCCUACCCCGGGUCUCCUGUCUACAGAAUUUGGUUUGAACAAGACUGGAAUAUUUGUUUAUAAUCGUUGCGGAAGUCUUGAGGGGGAACUCCAGUUAUUCCCAGUAGUUCCCUUAAAUCCUUCGGAUAUCCGUCUUGAAUGGAAAGUCAUCGAAGAUGCUUACAGAAACUGCCCGCAGUGUAACAAACCUGCUCCAGAAAAAACUCGAUUUCAAGGCAAGGUGACCACUCCAUAAGAUGCUCAGCCUUCAAGUCUGGAAUGAAACUGAUGUGAUUUCGCGCUUUCCGUAGAGUUUAGUUGGUUAUCACAAGGGUUUAACUUUUAAGGGGGGAGGGGGUUAAUUCCGUGGUAGGAAUUUUGUCGUAGAGUUUCUUCAUUUGGACUUAAACGUCAGAGGAAAUUAGUCACUUCUAGUCGAUAAAGCCCGCAAAGAAAGUAAUAAAGCCUUAAGGACAACAAAGCGAAAUGAAUCUGCCCCCUGAAAGCGAAAAAAUGAUUCGAGGAACAAUCAAAUUGCUCCGUGCAAUUUGAUUGUUCUAUGUCCGUUUACGGAAUUGUUUCCGUGCCAAUUACAGAUCAAAGAAAAUUUCAAACUCAAGCGAUAGCAUUCGGUAGAAAGUCCAUUAAUGAAAACUCUAUGAAUAUGAUAAUAUAAAGCUGGGUCUUAUUUGGUCUACCUGAUGUAGUCUCUUUUUUUCAUUAUUAUUUGCUGUAGCAGAAAAAAAGUCGAAUCAUAGCACCUUUCCAAUGCCUUACAGUUGGUGCCGAAUUUGUGAUAGUGGGGAAGUCUUAUGUUUCAGCCUUUAAAAAUAUGAAGACUUAUGAAGAAUAAACGGGAAAGAGUGUUAACCGUUUGUUUGGAUGGAAGUCAUCAGUUUUCGGUUGAAAUCAGAGAAACAGAACAUUUCAUCGCGAGAUCUCAGACGGGUUUUUAUGACGAACUUACAGUAAAGCUUUUUUGUAAGUUUUUGAAUUUGUUACCAGUCCCCUCGCACAUGAACGAAAUGCGUAUAAAGAAAGUUGUUUUGUGCCACGUUGUAAUGUUGUGAAAGGAGAAAUAAAAGAGCUCGAUUUUUUUAAA